AUGGGUACAUCAGUGCAGGUAACGCCACUGUGUGGAGUGUACAAUGAGAACCCUCUCUCGUAUUUGGUCUCCAUUGAUGGCUUCAACUUCCUCGUCGACUGUGGCUGGAACGACCACUUCGACCCUUCCCUCCUCCAACCCCUCUCCAGGGUAGCAUCAACCAUUGAUGCCGUCUUGCUUUCACAUGCUGAUACACUUCACCUUGGUGCCCUUCCUUAUGCUAUGAAGCAGCUUGGACUCUCUGCCCCUGUUUAUUCAACUGAGCCUGUCUACAGAUUGGGCCUUCUCACUAUGUAUGAUCAGUACCUCUCAAGAAAGCAAGUGUCGGAGUUUGAUCUGUUCACGCUGGAUGAUAUUGAUUCUGCUUUCCAGAGUGUAACGAGGCUAACCUAUUCUCAGAAUCAUCAUCUCUCAGGCAAGGGAGAAGGAAUUGUGAUUGCACCUCAUGUUGCUGGACACCUUUUGGGCGGUACUGUUUGGAAAAUUACAAAGGAUGGUGAGGAUGUCAUAUAUGCUGUUGAUUUUAAUCAUAGGAAAGAAAGGCAUUUGAAUGGAACUGCUCUAGGUUCUUUUGUGCGGCCAGCUGUUCUAAUAACUGAUGCUUACAAUGCUUUAAACAAUCAGCCUUACAGACGUCAAAAAGACAAAGAAUUUGGAGAUAUCUUAAAGAAGACUCUAAGGGCAGGUGGCAAUGUAUUACUACCUGUUGACACUGCUGGACGAGUGUUGGAACUUAUUCUGAUGUUGGAAUCGUACUGGGCCGAUGAAAACUUGAACUACCCUAUAUACUUUCUUACAUAUGUUGCAUCCAGCACAAUUGAUUAUGUGAAGAGUUUCCUUGAGUGGAUGAGUGAUUCCAUAGCAAAGUCUUUCGAAAAAACUCGUGAAAAUAUAUUUCUUUUAAAGUUUGUCACCCUUCUGAUUAACAAGACUGAGCUUGAGAAUGCUCCAGAGGGUCCAAAGGUUGUUCUAGCAUCCAUGGCAAGUUUAGAAGCAGGUUUUUCUCAUGAUAUAUUUGUUGAGUGGGCCAAUGAUUCAAAAAAUCUUGUGCUUUUUACUGAAAGAGGCCAGUUUGCAACACUAGCUCGUAUGCUCCAAGCUGAUCCUCCUCCAAAAGCUGUCAAAGUUGUUGUGUCCAAGCGUGUUCCUUUAGUUGGGGAAGAGCUCAUUGCUUAUGAAGAAGAGCAAAAUCGAAUAAAAAAAGAAGCUUUAAAAGCUAGUCUUUUGAAAGAGGAAGAAUUGAAAACAUCUCAUGGGUCUGAUAAUAAUACUAAUGAUCCAAUGGUCAUCGAUUCUGGCAAUAAUCAUGCACCGCCAGAAGUGCCUGGUCCUCGGGGUGGAGGAUACCGGGAUAUAUUUAUUGAUGGAUUUGUUCCCCCUUCCACGAGUGUUGCUCCAAUGUUUCCCUGUUAUGAGAAUACAUCAGAGUGGGAUGAUUUUGGUGAGGUCAUAAAUCCAGAUGAUUAUGUAAUUAAGGAUGAAGACAUGGAUCAGACAGCAAUGCAUGGAGGUGGUGAUAUGAAUGGAAAACUUGAUGAAGGUGCUGCAAGUUUGAUACUUGAUACAAAGCCAUCAAAAGUCGUAGCUGAUGAAAGGACUGUGCAAGUUAAGUGUUCGUUGGUUUACAUGGAUUUUGAAGGACGUUCAGAUGGAAGAUCCAUUAAAAAUAUUCUAUCUCAUGUGGCUCCCUUGAAGCUGGUUUUGGUGCAUGGAUCAGCUGAAGCUACAGAGCAUCUGAAGCAGCACUGCCUAAAGCAUGUUUGUCCUCACGUUUAUGCUCCCCAAAUUGAUGAGACAAUUGAUGUUACCUCUGAUUUAUGUGCUUACAAGGUUCAACUAUCUGAGAAGCUAAUGAGUAAUGUACUCUUCAAAAAGUUGGGAGAUUAUGAAAUAGCUUGGGUUGAUGCGGUAGUAGGGAAAACAGAAAAUGACACGCUCUCUCUGCUCCCUGUUUCUGGAGCAGCUCCUCCACAUAAAUCUGUUCUUGUUGGUGAUUUGAAAUUGGCAGAUAUCAAACAGUUUCUCUCCAGCAAGGGUGUUCAGGUGGAAUUUGCUGGUGGAGCUUUACGUUGUGGUGAAUAUGUAACUCUUCGGAAAGUUGGGGAUGCAACUCAAAAGGCAAGUGACCUAAGAGAUCGGAUUGUUGUAAACAAGAAUUCACGGUCAGAAACGUAG